AUGGCUCCCCUUCGCCUGCGCGUCGAUGGCCGUACAUUCCGUGACCCAAGCAACCGCGAGGUCACCCUACACGGAAUCAACGUUGCCGCCGAUGCCAAAUUCCCCGCACACCCGGAUCAGCCCUCGCAUGUCGCCGAUGCCUUCUACGAUGGCGACACCGUGUCUUUCGUCGACCGCCCUUUCACUGUUGACACCGCCCACACCCACUUCACGAGACUGAGGAAGAUAGGCUAUAACACCAUCAGAUACAUCUUCACAUGGGAGGCAAUCGAGCACGCCGGGCCCGGCAAGUACGAUGAGGAGUGGAUACAGCACACCAUCGCCAUCCUCCGGGUGGCCAAGGAGUACGGCUUCUACGUGUUUAUGGACCCGCACCAGGAUGUCUGGUCCAGGUUCACCGGCGGCUCGGGCGCCCCUCUCUGGACAGUAUACGCAUGCGGAUUGAAUCCGCGAGCUUUUGACAUCACCGAAGCUGCCCUCGUCCAAAACACCUACCCCGACCCCGAACAAUUCCCCAAGAUGAUCUGGGCCACAAAUUACUCUAGGUUGGCGUGUCAGACCAUCUUCACCCUCUUCUUCGCCGGAAAGGCGUUCGCGCCCAAAGCCAUCAUAAACGGCGUGAACAUUCAAGACUACCUUCAAGAUCACUUCUUCGCCGCUCUUAAGCACCUCGCGCUACGCAUUCAGGAAGCAGGCGACUUGGAAAAUGAGCUGAUCAUCGGGUGGGAGAGCAUCAACGAGCCAAACAGGGGAUUUGUCGGCUGGGAAGAUCUGUCGGCAAUCCCCAAGGAGCAGAAAUUACAGAAGGGCACGUCGCCGACGGCUUGGCAGGCAAUGCUGACGGGCUCCGGAAGAGCGUGCGAAAUCGACACUUGGGAUUUUGGCGGAAUGGGUCCUUACAAGUCCGGUUCGGUGCUCGUGGAUCCCGAAGGGCAGUCGGCUUGGCUGCCUGCAGAUUACGACGAAUCCCACUACGGCUUCCAGCGUGAUCCGGGGUGGAAGCUGGGGGAGUGCCUGUGGGCGCAGCAUGGUGUUUGGGAUCGUGAGACGGACACACUGCUCAAGAAAGACUAUUUCUCGAAGAACCCGGAUAACGGAGACACGAUCAGCUAUGAGUAUUACACGAACAACUGGUUCAUGCAGUAUUACAGGAAGCAUCGGGACACGGUCAGAAGCGUUUUCCCCGACACUAUCAUGUUCUGCCAGCCGCCGGUCUUGGAAAUCCCACCCACUAUCAAAGGCACCGAGGACGACGACCCGAACAUGGUCUUCACGCCCCACUUUUACGACGGAGUCACGCUCAUGACGAAGAAGUGGAAUAGGGUAUGGAAUGUUGACGUUUUUGGUGUCCUUCGUGGCAAGUAUCUGUCACCUGUGUUCGCCAUCAAAAUCGGCGAGACGGCCAUCAGGAACUGCUUCCGGGAUCAGUUGGCUGCCAUCAUGGACGAGGGUAUGGAGAAGAUGGGCCCACGCCCCUGUCUCUUCAGCGAGAUCGGCAUUCCGUACGACAUGGACGACAAGCACGCGUACAAGACUGGAGACUACAGCAGUCAGACAGCUGCGAUGGAUGCAAAUCACUACGCGCUGGAAGCGAGCCACGCGAAUGGAUUUACCCUAUGGACCUACGUGGCUACGAACAACCACAAGUGGGGAGACCAGUGGAACGGAGAGGACUUGUCGAUCUUCUCGCUCGAUGACCCUCCGUUACCCACGCUGUCGUCGCCUGCGUCAGAUCCUGAGUCACCGUCGUACUCGCGCAGCCAGUCAUCCGAGUCAGCGCGCGUAUCGCCCUCGAAUCUGAAGCAGACGCUUGCCGAAGACGAGAUGACUUCGGGCGCGGUGAGUAGCAGCGGCAAAUCGGACAAGCCAGGCUACCGGGCGGCUGAAGCCUACGUCCGGCCGACACCGACGCUGACACACGGCACGGUUCUCAACUACGGAUUCGACCUGCGCAACUGCGUGUUCACGCUCUCGUUGGACGCGCCAAGCUCGUCCGGCGAGGGAGGCCCCACCGAGGUGUUCCUGCCAGAGUUCCAUUUCCCGCAAGGAAACGUGUCGGUGGAAGUCAGCGGCGGAAAGUGGACGAUCAGCAUGGAAGACACAGCGGCAGGGCCCAUCCAGAUGCUGAAGUGGUGGCACGCCGAGGGCGAGCAGAAGAUGACGGUGUCGGGGGUGAAGACGCGGCAGGCGCUAGGUGGGGACGAGGACGGAUACAUCGAGCAGUGCCAGCAGACGACAGGGCAGAAAUGCGUGGUGAUGUGA